UCGUACUUAAUAUGCGAUUAUUUAGCGUUUAAGUUGGAUAUAGACCAUAGAAUGGGCGAAAACACUUUGCUGCAUACUUAGAUAUUAACUCGAACCAGCAUUUCUAAUCGAAAGAAUUUACAUCGACGCAAAAUGAAUUUAUUCUACCGAAGAUUAUUCGUAUGGAUAAUACUUGUGACGAUUUGGAAUAUACAGUCAUGUGUUGGGGAUCUCCCUACCCGGAAAUACGACGAAUAUAUCGCCGGAAAUGACGCGAAGUUGGGACUGACCAAUGACAGCCUGUGUGUGAAUUAUUCUGAUGAAACAGGCAUUGAAUUCCAAAGGCUCGUAAUCAAUGACAGCUCGUUAUACAUCGGUGCAACGAACUACAUCGUCCAAGUCGACUUGGGAGAAUUUUCCAUCUCAAAUUUUGUCUCCCUUGGCCCUCAUCAAGAUGACCCUGACUGUUUAGCGCCAUCUAUAUGCGGAACUGCAUGCGGAAGUAGAAGAUGCACGGAUAAUAGAAAUAAACUGCUGAUUCCGCACAGGAAUCAGCUCAUUGCGUGCGGAAGUAUAUACGCUGGAACAUGCGACAUAUUGGAUUUAAAUAAUGUCUCACAACCUUACAUACCGAAACCAGACCGGGAAAGGCUGAAAUGCAAUGGAGAUGCGUCCCAGAUCACAAGGUCAUCAAAUGACCUUGCCAUUGCGGAUAUCUACACGAGCGGAAGUGACGCAAACAAGGACCUAUUUUUCGUCGGAAACAAAGAUUCAGUGGAUACUUUGUACCCCCCUGAUUCCGGUCCAAUUGCAAAGGAUUUAGAAUUUACCCGGAUCGACCAAAGUAACAUAUACGACCCAGCCAAUGGCGUCAAAAGAACUUUUAUCAAAACUUGGGUAACAAGGACUCAUAAUUUUAUGCUCUGGACAUACCAAGGAAAUGAACCAAAGUCGUACAUAUCACGAUUAUGUCAUGCAACCUUGAAUGAAUUUUCGAGGAGUCGCGUUCGAACGGAUGGAUCAGGAAUAGGUUACGGCCAAACAUCUUACACAAAAACGGCUAUUGAAUGUGAAGGUUACCAAGAAGCGACCCUUGCUUUCUACAGGCAUGGAAGACUGUAUGUUCUUAUGACGAAGGAUAACAGAUAUAUAUUGUGCUCUGCUCUGUCCGCCGCUAUAAGCAAACAUAUGGAGAAAGCCAGAGCUGCGUGCUUCAAUGGUCUUGUUGAAAAGGCGGAAUUAAUUGGAGGGGCUUGCACGAAAAUUACAAUACAACCGUCAAUGGUUGAAUGUGGCCUGGACCAGGAAAAAUCUGAUUUCUUGAACCCAAUACAAUCGAAAGAAGCGAUACAACUUCGAAAAGAAUUUGUAUGGCCGCGAGGGACCGAUGCGCCAACUACCAUAGCCGUGGAUUUAUUCGACGGCGCCAGCAUCGGCUUCUUCGGGACGAAAACGGGAGAAAUUUUGAAGGCUCGCAUUGGGAAUUCAGCAUCCAUCUUUGCAGAGAGGAUCGUACUUGACGAGAACAAGCCAGUGUUGUAUGACACAGGGUUCGAUAAGUCAUCCAACUUCAUCUAUGCUAUGAGUCCUAAUAAGCUGUUCAAAGUGAAGUUAUCAAACUGCGACCAAUACAAGACUUGCGACACUUGCAUCACUUCGAACGAUCCGUAUUGUGGAUGGUGUGUGUUGAAAAGCAGCUGCACACACAAGUAUGAAUGCACCGACUCUCAUCGCUCUAAGAACUGGUUGAACACUUUGCGAAUCCCUUCUGAAUGUCCUAGUGUUGCCGCAAUUGCACCUGCUGCACUUUCUGUAGCUGUUUCACAAGAGCUCACUUUAACAUUCGGAGGAAGUGAGUUACCUGACCACGAUUACGAAUGUGAAUUUGUUGUCGGAGACACGGCUAUACACACUGCGCCCAUGAAGAAUUUCUCUUCGACACCGACUUGCUAUUCACCACCCGAACCACCAAUGAUACCGGACGGAAAAGACAAUGUCAAUGUAACUCUCCAUAUAAAAGCUGGCAACGCUACCGUUGCAUCAGGAAAUCUGAACAUCUAUGAUUGCAAUAAGAUACCAAGCAUAAACAAGAACACAAUGUGCGCUUCGUGUGUUACUAGUUCUUGGAGUUGUACAUGGUGCUCGAAUAGCAAUACCUGUGCAGAUUACUGCGUUAACUCAGUGGGGAUAUCUGGCAAGGGAGAAUGCCCAGCUGUGCUAGAAGUGAAGAACCUAACUGUGGAUAUACCGGUCGGGAAACCCCAGGAAUUUACUCUCGUGACUACGAAUCUGCCUAAGGCCCAAGAUUUCGAAUGUGUUCUUGAUGUCUGCGAAUCGAGAUACGAAGUUAUUGUCCCUGGAAUCAGGGACGGGGAAGAAGUGAAGUGCAAUGUUUCCGAAAACCAGCUCAACUGUGAAAAAGAAGAUGCGACUGUUAUUCUGUCACUAAAGUCAGGAAGAUACAUUGUCGACACUCCUAGAGUUGCUACAGUAACAAUCGACCUUUUCAACUGCAGCAGUUCUGAAGCGGAGUGUGGCCUGUGCAUCAUCUCACACGCUCGGCAUUCGGAAUGUGCGUGGUGCGGUGACUCGAGCUCUUGUAUUCCGGCAACGGAUUGUAAAGGACCGAAGACCACUGAUAUCACGAGUUGCCCGGCUCCGGUUAUUGAAUGGAUCAAUCCAACAAAUGGACCCAAGAACGGGGGAACCGAGAUUACAAUCUCAGGAAAGAAUCUCGGCAGCAAAUCAUCAGAAAUAUCGAAUAUUACUGUUGGGGAAACGGUCAAUUGCAAAGUCCUUCCUGAGAAAUAUGUGCCGUCAAAAAAAAUCGUAUGUGAGACUGGAUCCACUUCUCUGGCGCCAUCCAGCGGUCCAGUUCAAGUUUAUUUAUCAUAUACAAACAACAAAUUUGCAUCAGAGCAAGACUUCACUUUUAAGGAAGUGACCGUGACGGGGUUCGAACCCAAGUAUGCCUUACUUGGUACCAAGGUUACAAUUUCAGGCACAAAUCUUGAUGUCGGGAAUGGAGCAAGUGUGAAAAUUGUGCAGAAUUCAGAAGAGAGAUCCUCUAUAUGCUUAGACAGAACACCAACACAACUUGUAUGCCUUGUACCAACGGCCCCAAUCACUGGAUCCUACGCCGUUUGGACCACAUUGGACGGCUUUACUCAAAAAAUGGAAGAAAAUAUUCAAUUCGUCACAGAACCUAAUGUGACUCGUCUUGUUGGAAGGGAAUCCCUUGUUAGCUUCUAUAGUGGUGGCCUCGUGGCAACAUUUGAGAUGACAAGCCUUCUAGGAAUACAGAAUGUUGCUUUGAAUGUAAAUGCGGGAGAAAUAGAGCAGGAUUGUGAUUUGAACACAAAUACGACAACCAUAUCCUGUCCUAUCCCGGCGAUGAACUCACUGGAUCCAGAGUACAAGACUAGAUCAAAGAGAGCGGUUGAUGGCGAUACGAAACAAGCCGUUCCAAGGACGACUGAUUCGAAAAACGUUCCAGCUGAAAUCGUUAUAAACAACAAACUAAAAAUCCCUCUUGCCGGAUCCUUAUCUCUCGUGUACGUGAACAACCCACAACUCGACUCUUUGACAUCGAUGCCGUGCAGAACGCCAGAGACUACCGGUCCUGAUUCUCGAACCACUGGAGGCACCAGUGUGAAUGGUACGACGAGAAGUGACCCCCAGAGUGACGCAACAGCAACGAAGGAACCAACAGUAGCUGUUCAACUUACUGGUAAAUACUUGAACUCAGCUGCUAUCAAAGAAGAUUAUACAAUUACUAUAGAGCCACUUGAAGGAGAUCCAGAUUCAGUUGACUGCUUGCCAAGUUUCCUCGAAGCCGAAUCACUUAUUUGUAAGGCUCCUGCAUCAGCGCUGCGGAAAUACGAAGGGUAUAAAGUGCAAGUUACGGUAAAAGUCGGAAACCUGACUUUCCCUUUACGAGCGGAAUACUGUCCUGAAGGGGGAAGUUUCGGGGUUGCAACGAUUGCUGUCAUUGUAGCAGUGGUUGUGGUGCUUGUCAUUAUAAUCGUCAUAUUGGUUGUCAUGUUCCGAAAGCGAGCUCAGAAGCAAAGAAAGGAGAGAGAACAGAUCAUGUUCAUGCUCGAUACAUUGGAAAACAAAACGAGAGAAAAUGCAAGAAAAGCUUACUUUGAACUUCAACUUGGCUACAUGACGACAUUGACUGACAACUUGGGAGACAUAAUAACCUAUCUUUCUCCUGUCUCCUGUUUCAUGAGGGCUCUCUUCAAUGAUUGGAAGCCGGAUCACCCGAUGUUAAAUUCAAAGUCAAACUCAACAAUAACAAACGGAACAGUUGCUGGUAUCGACGAGUUUUUUCAGCUUCUAAAAAACAAGGAUUUCUUGAUGACACUAGUAAAGACAUUGGAAGAACAGAAGCAUUUCACUGUCAAAGAAAAGGGCCAGUUCGCUUCGCUUCUGACAGUUUGUUUAUUUGACGAUCUCGUAUAUUUUACAAAGGUUAUGAUGGAUCUUCUCUCUGAUUUAAUUCAAAAACAUGUCGGAAAAAAUCCAAAGCUGCUACUUCGAAGAUCUGAGUCGGUCGUGGAGAAAAUGGUCUCACAUUGGCUUUGUAUCAAUCUCUAUUCCCAAUGCAUCAGGGACCAAGCUGGCAAGCCUUUAUUCCUUUUGACCAAAGCAAUUCAUUUCCUGGUCAACAGCGCCCCAAGUGACGUAGUGGCAAACAAAGCCGUGAACAGUUUAAACGAGAUGACACUGCUUGGAACCGAAAUUACUUAUGAGACAAUCACUCUAAAGGCCUCCGUUGUUGACAAAGGUAAACAGUCCGAAGUGUUUGAAGUCAAGGUUGUGAACUGCGACACCAUUACUCAAGUCAAGGAAAAGAUAAUUGAGGUUGUUUACAGGGAUCGACCAUUCUCUGAGAACCCUACACCAGGUGAUAUGGAAUUGGAACUUGUAGCCGGGCAAGGACAUCUCGUGUUAUCAGACAUCGACAAUAUGAGCCAUGAAGAGGGAACCUACACGCAGAUCAAUACAUUGAAACAUUAUAAUGUACCAGAUGGUGCAGUUGUAUUAUUAACACCCACGAAAACAGAUACAGAAGGAGCUUCAGAGAACGGAAAUCCUCCCGCUGCGACUCGAAAGAGAAGACUAUAUCACUUGAUUCACCCACGGGACAAGGAACCAAACGGUUUCAUUGAAGAAGACGAUUCUGGCAACAAAACAAAAGCUCUGAUUGGGAACCUCAUCAACCAACCGUUCCAGGAAAUUUAUCUCACAAGAAUGGUCAAGUCCAAGACCACUGUUCAAGAAUAUGUGGACGGAGUCUUCAAUGCAAUCCUGAAUCCGGAUCCGUUAUCCAAAGCAGUGAAAUAUUUUUUCCAAUUCUUAGACAUGGAAGCAGCAAAACAUAAAAUCAAUGACCCUGAAGUUGUGCAUAUUUGGAAAACUAACAGCUUACUUCUCCGAUAUUGGGUCAACAUUCUCAAGAACCCAGAAUUCCUCUUCGACGUAAACAAGACAGCAAUUGUGGACAGUUGUUUGAACGUCAUCACACAAGCUUUCAUGGACGCUUGCACAACGACAAACCAUAAACUGGGGCAGGAUUCCCCUUCAAACAAGUUAUUAUACGCCAAGGAUGCGGAGAGAUACAGAAAAAUGGUCGCAAAAUUUUUUGAAAAUAUUUCUAAUGAAGAGGUGACCGGAGAAGAAGAGUUGAAUGAAUCUUUGAGACAAGUUUCAUCUGCAUACGCAGUGGAAUUCAACAAGAGAGCAGCAGCUCAGCAAUUGUACAAUCAUUUGGACAAAUAUAGAUCACAGGUCCAGGAAGCUGUAGAAGAUUCCGAUAACAGCGGCGUUCUAACAAACAAGUUGAAUAACGUUAUUAUGAAAUUAUCUCAGGACACGAACGGCCACGCUUACGAAGAAAUCGUAUCACUCCCUGAAUCAUCGUCAGCCCCUUUGUAUUCGAACGCCUAAAUUGUUGACUGCAACAGCUCUAGAGUGACAUAAAGCGGAUUUGCGCAGCGCCGAUGACUGAUCUAUUGGUGGCGCACUUGAAACUCGAAUUUUAUAUACAUUUAACGUAGCAACAACUCUAAUUUUAUUAAUAUUUGCCCUUUUUAAUGACAUGAUUUCAAACUUCGGGAAAGAUGACUUUAAAUAUCAGCAAAUUCUCCUCCGUUGUAAUUUGAAAUUUCAAUUCUGUAUCUCAACUAUGGGAAUCGAUCAACUCAUUUCGGAACUUUACUGUUAUAGGUAUAGUUAAUACAUAUAAAUCAACUUCACUUUAUUACUUUUCGAAAGAUGUUCCCAAGUAAUAUAUUUUUAGGUAAGAAAGGAAGGGGGAGAGAAAAGGGGAAUCUGUAGUUUAUAAUUAGUCAUAUUUCAAUUAAUUUUUGUAUUGAAACUGGAUCCUUACUUCAAGGGAGUAGCCAAUGGAUGUUGUUUUAUACUUGCGUUUUAUAAUUUAGUAACGGAAAUGCAUUUCAAAGUAGCGAAAAAUUAGAUUUUUAUCAGGUUUCAUUUUAAGUUUACUAAAAACCUCAACACCCACUGAAUUAACCGAAUGUCAGCUUGUUAUGAAAUACUUCUGCAAUUUAUAAUAAAAAUCUCGCUAUUUUUAUACAUACAAAUUUGUCGUAAAUUGAAAUGCGUCUUACACUUUCAAGGCUUUUUAAAACACCCAUGUUUUCCGCUAGCUGAUACGCUCAUACAAAACAAACAAAAAUUCCUGAUCACUUUCUUCAAAAUUCCUGGCUACGAGAGAUCCCACAUCUGCCCUGCGAUGUCAAUAUCAUUAAAAACUAUCUUCAAUUUUUAAUCGUUUUUAUCUUUCUUUGCUUAUCUACUGCAUUCAAUUCUUUCACCAUGUAUUUUCUACAUAUUUUAUGUAAAAUUUGUAAAUUUUUUUUGAGAAAAAAUUGAUGCAAUUUUAUGUGUUUCCGUGUUCGAAUUUUUCAAAUUUUUGUGCCUUGAGAAUUAUGUUCCUUUCAAACUUGGGCCAGAGAUAUUGGGUAAAAAUAAUCGACGGUUCAAGCAAGAUCGGUGAUAAUUUUCUAUGUUUGAAUUUUCAUGUUUUUAUUAAGUUGUACGAAAAAUAUAAUCAAGGGUUUUUGAGAAAAUAAAUCACAAAUGAACAAA